CCCGCUGCACCUGGUGGCGAACACACGCUCCGCCCCACCCGCGCCCACCCUCACUCGCGUGCGAUCACUCCAACACACCAGGAGCCGUGUUGCAGCGCCGGCCGGCCUCCUGCGUGCUGACCGCGCGAUUCCCCUCGACGGACGAGGCACGACCUCCCUCACGUGCAGCACCCAAGCCGACGACGUGCUUUGGAAGGCUUAAAUAAAGUGAGAAAGUUCGUGUGGUCGUCCCGCGCUAGACACGUGUGCAUGCGUGCAGGCCGCAACUCUCGUGGCUGAGGUGGUGUUGCCAGUCUUGACAGGCGGGCAGUCCCUCGCCCUCCGCCCACCGACGCCAGCAAACAGCGCGGGGAUAAGUGAUGUUGUUGGACACGGACGCCGUCUUAGUGGCGUUCGAGAAGUGACAUGUGUUCCCAAACUGGCGUCCGUGAUAUCUGUCGCAGCCGCUCAGUGCUGAGUACAUAAUCCAGCGUAUCACGCGUGACAUUGCAAAGCUUACAAUCGCGCGAUCUCACCUUUGAAAAGAAGUGAUAGAGAAAUAGAAGAAAAAAGUUGUAAGCGUAUAAGGAUCCGGAGGGCCGUCCUGCAGGGGAGGAGGAACACCAGCAGCGUAUCGCAAGCGUCGCGGUGUCAGUCAGCGAGAGGUUGUCGAGCGUGUAUUAUGACAGCAGUUCUGAGAGUGUGCAACCUUGUGGCUGCGACACCCACGUCCAGGGACCUCCUCUCAGCGCCGCCUUCGCGAGCAAACAAAUAACAGGCCACGGCAGCCGACUCACAAUGUAGAGAGAGUAGUGCGAGUGAGAGGAGCCAGUGAUCGCUGCGCUAUUUAGACGCGAGAAGGACUUCGAAGGAGGAGAGCCGGAAUCGCGACCUCGUCCUGCGGUGCCCAGCCGUGUGUCUUUCAGUGUAAAUUGUUUGUAGCUGAGAAAAUAAAGACGUGACAGCGUUGUUUAGGCUAACUCUUUCGUGGUGUCUGGUGAUCGUAGACCAAAGUGACUUUCGCACUGUAGCUUAAAACUGAUAUUCGAGCCGAAGCAUUUGGUGAUACAUUAACAGAAGGGUAAACAAAAUAUCAGAACCCCAAAAUCUAAGAAUAAUCCAGAGACUUCUCAAGGGUCGAAAGUGUUUUGCGGCCCAGACGAAAAAGGCCUCACGGGCCCGCUGUGCGUUGUGGCGGAGGAAACUGCUCCCACUCCAGCGUCGACGGUGAAAGGCGCCUCUCGAGUGCCAGUGUGACCCGGGCUGAUGAAAAGGCAGGGGAGAGCAGGUCAAGUGUGAGCCGCCAGCGUCAGAGCAGAGAGAACGUCAAGGCGGAAGUGUGAAUAAUUUAAAGAACAGGAAAGCUGUGAAGAUCAGAGAUUCCGUGAGACGAACCUUGAUUAUUUAACGUGUGACAGAGGAAGGGGUUGCGAAGGCUUCUUGUCGCCUCUGAAUAACUCAAGGAGCAAAUAUUUUCCUUUUUUACGUCCCGACGGCGAAAAGAUAAGAGAAUUCGUUUUUUCUCUCGACAAGUGAUCACUUUGUGAGUACUGAUACUUAUAUAUGUAAGUGCAUAUCAUAUGAAAAGUACGAAAAAAUUGGAAAGAACCUUUUGUCAUUUCUUGAUCCCCGUUGGAAUUUCUUGUCAAAGCUGGUUUGAAAGACAGUUUAAUCUUUUUAGAUAAUUUUCUUAUCAUAUGCUUUUUAGCACGACAAAUAUUGUCUAUGAUAAUAAUAAAAUAAUAAAAGAAAAAGUAAUGUUCUGUUUUCUGUGAGCUUUGAAAGUGUUUGGCAAUUAAUAAGUGGAAUAUUACACACACCUAAUUAAAGUGUCAAGAAGAAAAUAAAACAAGAUAAAAAAAUAUAAAAAAGACAUAAGAAAAGUAAAGAAGAGAGGGAGCGUCUUGAUUACGUCAUCGUCUUAUCAAGAGAGCAGACGAGAGAAUCACCCAAGCAUCAUAAGGGGAGACUCGCCUAGCAUCGCACUGAAUCCUGCAGUUUAUUUAAAAGGCAUGAACGUGGCGGUGUCCCUGGGUCGUCGUGGGUGCUGGUGAAGGCGGUGUCGUCAGGCUCACACACCAUGGGGGUCGUGGGCCUCCUCAACCUGCUUCUGACGGCCGUGGUCGUCCUCCUCUGCCUCGCCACGCCGGCGGUCACCAGGCUCGUCGGCUCUUGGAUGAAUCUCGGUCUCCAGGGCUACGAAGUAUGGCGGAAUCCUCAGAUCUACCUGAUCGGCGCACAGCCCCUGUGCACCCAAAUCGCCGGCCUCUCCCCCGGCCAGACCAAACUGUGCCAGCUGUACCAGGACCACAUGGGCAGCGUCGGCCGCGGCGCCAAGACUGGCAUCCAUGAGUGCCAGUGGCAGUUCCGACACAGACGCUGGAACUGCUCCACUGUUGACGACUCCACCGUGUUCGGACCCGUCCUGCAGAUCCCGAGUCGAGAGGCCGCCUUCGCCCACGCCAUCGCUUCGGCGGGCGUCGUAAAUAGCGUGUCGCGAGCGUGCAGGGACGGCCAGCUGUCCACGUGUGGGUGCUCGCCCGCCCGCAGACCAAAGGACCUCAACAAGGAGUGGAUCUGGGGCGGAUGCGGAGACAACGUCGAGUAUGGAUACAAAUUCACCCAGGGCUUUGUGGACGUCCGCGAGCGGGAGAAGAACUACAAGCGGGGCUCCCCCAAGCAAGGCCGCCAGCUGAUGAACCUGCACAACAACGAGGCGGGGAGAAGGGCUGUGAUCCGUAGAACGCGGGUCAAUUGCAAAUGCCACGGUGUAUCAGGAUCCUGCUCUCUGAUCACGUGCUGGCAACAACUGGCACCCUUCAGGGAAGUCGGUGAUCUCUUGAAGGACAAAUAUGAUGGAGCAACAGAGGUAAAAAUCAAUCGCCGAGGAAAACUCCAAGUCAAACACCCUCAGUUUAAUGUCCCAACUGCCGAGGACCUGGUCUACUUGGACGAAUCUCCUGACUACUGCAGGCGCAAUAAUACAGUUGGAUCUCUAGGAACCCAGGACAGGAUCUGCAACAAGAGUUCCCAAGGCAUGGAUGGCUGUGGACUCUUAUGCUGCGGUCGAGGUUACAAUUCUCAAAAGGUGAAACUACAUGAAAGGUGCCAUUGCAAGUUCCACUGGUGUUGCUACGUGGAGUGCAAAACAUGUACCAGAGUCGUAGACCUUCACACAUGCAAAUAAAAUUCAAAGAAAAUGAAUGAUCAGUAAAUUAAUACUUGUAUAAAGUAUUACAGCAGAAACUGCAUGGCUCUUUGAAAGUGAAGAUCUAAUGUUAACUUCUGUGCCCUCCAUAAUAAUAGUAAUACCUGUGUGAAAUUCACUAUUUGUGACUAUAUAUAUAUAGAGAGAGAGAGAGAGAGACUUGAAAGAAGAGAUGAAAAUCCUCUAAAGAACAUGUGGAAAUGGCUACAAUGGUGAAUUACAGAACCAUAGAAGUACUUAAUAUUGCUCUGAACUAAAACACAUACAGUUGGUUUAUUGUGCCGUGAAAAUAAAAGCAACAAGCAAACAAUUGGUGAAGUACACUUGACCCAGUGGUUUUCAUAGUCUCAAAAAAUGCAUUUAACGUUGGUGUCUGAACCUUCAUUUUUGAAGCAAGACUUGGAACAUUUAGAGCAAGUGGUUAAGGUACAGACACCAAAGUAAUAGAUGUCAAUAAGUGUUACAUUUAUAGACAGUGAAACAGUGAAUUAGCAAAAAUAAGUUGGCAGAAUAGUUACCUAUCAAUCAAUAAGUAUCUUGUAGGGACUGCAGCUUUCAGUGUUCCAAUAUGUGCAAUGUUUAUGGCAAGUUCGAGAGUUGACAAAAGCCUAGCUGAUAAAUUCCCUUAUUGUUCAUAAAUACAUCAUAUAAUAAAGGAAUGGUUUGGUUGUUGUAACUGAUGUACACAAGUAUUUAGUAAAUUUUACAUAUACUAAUUUCUUAGUCAGUGGCAGCUUUUAUCUAUUGUACAGUGUGUAUGUAAAUAACGUAUAUAAAAGUAGUUUUAUUGUAGAGAAUCUUGUAUUGUCAAGUAGUUUGCAAGUUCAUAAUCUCUGUAGGUGUAAUAGAGAAUUCUUGUAGACCAGCUGUAGAUCUGUGCUAUGUGUUUUCCCAUUUCAUUAUGCUAUGGAUUGCAGUAUUCACUUUUCUGUGAAAUAAUUAAAUUAGUUGCCAUAUUUAAAUAAGAGUACAGGAAGUUGCCAUUUGUGUACUUAAGAAAAACUCAAGUUACUGGGUUGUUCUCAAUGCAAUGGGAAUUGGAUUAGUCCUUUACCUGAGGUGUACCUUGUAUGGUAGUGUUAGAUUUGAAGGUUCAUAGACUUGGGAUGUGUUUGCAACCAUUUUGACAUUAACAUUUUCUGCACUUAAGAUCUUGUCCCAUUUGAGUUUAUUAGUAGAAGUAAAGUAGUCGAGGUAAAAUACAAUAGUUUACCUCAUGCAUACAAGUUAAAAUCACUUUGUGCACAGAUAAAAAAAAAAUAAAAAAUAAAAAAUAAAAAACUUGAGCCAUGAGGGAUAUCCUCUAAAUUUCAGUCAUCAAUAUUGAGGUCAUGUUAAACCUCCAGACCUACUGACAAAGUACAUAGCAUGUAGUGCAUAUUUUGUAGCAUAUACAGUAUAUAUAAAUACAUAUAUAUAUAUAAAUAUAUAUAUACGGGUGAUAUUCCCAGGGCUGUUAAUACAUGCCCCAUGGGAAGCUUACACCAGGUAUAAAAACUUUCCUUUUCUUUAAGACAUAUUGUCCAUUUUCUAUUGUAGAUACACAUGAAUGGUGCUUGUCCCACAAUCUGCUAAAUUGGUAAUGGGAAUACAAUACCACAAUCAAAUUUAUAAAAGGUGGUUUCAGCCAGCAUAAUUUGAAUUUACCAUGGGAUCAUACUAUUUGACAUACAUAUAUUUUCCUUUCCCUGUCUUUAAUCUUAAUAAAAUUAAUGUACUAUUUUGUGUAAUAUGAGCCAAAUGUAAUGAAAUGUUUAUUAGCUAAAUAAUAUAAAAGUGUACAAUAAG